GUGAUGGGCAGUGAAAGUCCUGAGAACCUCAUUUUUGUGACCGGAUUUGGGCCCUUUGCUGGCCAUGAGUCUUGUAACGCGAGCUGGGAGGCUGUCAAACUGCUUCCGGAUGAAAUCACAGUCCACGAACAGCGAUAUCGUCUUCAGAAACGCGAAAUCCCUGUAGUGUAUCGUGACGUAGAUAGAAAUGUGUCUGAGAUUUGGGAUCAAAAUCCUCUGCUUGUCAUUCACUGUGGAGUACAUACAGUAGCUUCAAAAGUCUGCCUUGAGAAAUAUGCCUACAAAUCGUCCUACUGCAGCAAAGAUUGGGAGGGAAACUGCUUGUCCAGUAGUUCAGCUGAUCUCUGUAGACAUGGGCAGAACUGCGACAAGUUAGAGACGGCAUUCAAUGUUGAAAAAAUAGCCGAAGAUCUCAAUAAGAAGCAUAAAGACAUUUUUUGUGCCUCUGUGGACGUUGGACGUUAUCUCUGUGGCUACAUUUAUGUCAAAUCUCUGGAUUACAAUCCCUCCAAGACUCUGUUCAUUCACGUACCCAAAGUCGAUGUCAUCAGUCCUUCAGAGGUGCAGCAGGGAAUUCUGGAUGUGAUUCAAAAAUGCCUCGAGCAGAUAAGAGAUUCGCAAUAAAAGAUUUUAUGGUAAGACUAAAAAAAACUUUUAAUAUAUCAGUUAUAUUUUAUUAGAACUUUCAACCUUUAAGAGAUAAUAUAAUUUUUGGGGUUUCUUUUUUAUUUUCUUUUUGUCAAUAAAAUUCUUGGACACAAUUUGCAACAAAAAUACAUACAGAUAUACAGAGAAAAAUCCUCUGAAAUCUUUACAUUUUAAAAAAAUCCAAUUUAAAUAUUAAAUAUCUCAAAAUGAAAGAUAAAUACUUUUCAUUCCUUUAUUGUACCUCCUAAAAUAUUUACAUGAUGUUGCACUUUCCUAAAGAUAAAAUAAAGAAAAUGAAAAACCAAUUGGUGUUAUACAUUUUUGGAUUUUUAAAAUAAAUUAUAAAAUACAGAAAAAAA